UAACCUUGUUUGUGACUACCGGUUAUCGGUACACUUUCCAUCACAUGCUAAGCCCACGCACACAAGCCUUCUUCAUUCUCGUUCCUUCUUGUUGAGUCCGCCAUCGUAGCCGUAACCUUUCUACUAUACAGAAGGAAAUCGGCAAACAUCCAAAAUGGUGAAUUUUACAGUAGACGAAAUCCGUGUCAUGAUGGACAAAAAGAAGAACAUCCGAAAUAUGUCCGUCAUCGCUCACGUCGAUCACGGAAAGUCCACCCUGACGGACUCACUGGUGUCCAAGGCGGGCAUCAUCGCCAGCGCCAAGGCUGGCGAGACGCGUUUCACUGAUACGCGUAAGGACGAGCAGGAGCGUUGCAUCACCAUCAAGUCCACCGCUAUCUCCAUGUACUUUGAGCUGGAAGACAAGGAUUUGGUUUUCAUCACCAACCCUGACCAGCGCGACGCAAAGGAAAAGGGUUUCCUUAUCAACCUGAUCGACUCUCCCGGGCACGUUGAUUUCUCCAGCGAGGUCACAGCCGCUCUCCGUGUCACUGACGGCGCCCUUGUGGUCGUCGAUUGUGUCUCAGGCGUGUGCGUGCAAACUGAGACUGUGCUGCGUCAGGCGAUCGCUGAGCGCAUCAAGCCCGUGCUCUUCAUGAACAAGAUGGACCGUGCCCUGCUCGAGCUGCAGCUUGAGAAGGAGGAGCUGUACCAGACCUUCCAGCGUAUUGUUGAAAACGUGAACGUCAUCAUUGCCACUUACAGCGACGACGAGGGCCCCAUGGGCAUUGUGCGCGUUGAUGCGUCCAAGGGAAGCGUUGGCUUCGGCUCUGGCCUCCACGGCUGGGCUUUCACCCUCAAGCAGUUUUCUGAAAUGUAUGCUGAGAAGUUCAAAAUCGAUGUUGUUAAGCUGAUGAACCGUCUGUGGGGAGAGAACUUCUUCAACCCCAAGACCAAGAAGUGGGCCAAGCAGAAGGAGGAGGACAACACCCGCUCAUUCUGCAUGUACGUGCUGGACCCCAUCUACAAGGUGUUCGAUGCCAUCAUGAACUAUAAGAAGGAAGCGACAGCUGAUCUGCUCAAGAAGCUGAACAUUGAGCUGAAGCACGAGGAUGCUGACAAGGACGGCAAGGCUUUGCUCAAGGUAGUGAUGCGCACCUGGCUGCCCGCUGGUGAGGCCCUGCUUCAGAUGAUUGCCAUCCACCUCCCGUCACCCGUUGUUGCCCAGAAGUACCGUAUGGAGAUGUUGUACGAAGGUCCUCUUGAUGAUGAGGCCGCACUUGCUGUCAAGAACUGCGACCCCAAUGGACCUCUGAUGAUGUACAUUUCCAAGAUGGUGCCCACCACUGACAAGGGUCGCUUCUACGCCUUUGGUCGUGUCUUCUCUGGCAAGGUUGCCACUGGCAUGAAGGCCCGCAUCAUGGGACCCAACUACACGCCUGGUAAGAAGGAGGACUUGUACGAGAAGGCAAUCCAGCGCACCAUUCUCAUGAUGGGACGUUAUGUCGAGUCGAUCGAGGAUGUGCCUUGCGGCAACAUUUGCGGUCUCGUCGGCGUGGACCAGUUCCUGGUCAAGACCGGAACCAUCAGCACCUUCAAGGAUGCCCACAACAUGCGCGUGAUGAAGUUCAGCGUGUCGCCUGUCGUGCGCGUCGCCGUCGAGCCCAAGAAUCCCGCUGACCUGCCCAAGUUGGUGGAAGGUCUGAAGCGUCUGGCCAAGUCCGACCCUAUGGUGCAGUGCUUGAUUGAGGAGUCUGGCGAGCACAUCAUCGCUGGCGCUGGAGAGUUGCAUUUGGAGAUCUGUCUGAAGGAUUUGGAGGAGGACCACGCUUGCAUUCCCAUCAAGAAGUCGGACCCUGUUGUGUCUUACCGCGAAACUGUUUCUGAAGAGUCCAAUCAGACUUGUCUGUCCAAGUCGCCCAACAAGCACAACCGUUUGUUCAUGAAGGCUUGCCCCAUGCCCGAUGGUCUGCCCGAGGACAUUGACAAGGGUGACGUCAACGCCAGGGACGACUUCAAGGUGCGCGGCCGCUACCUCUGCGACAAGUACGAGUACGACAUCACUGAGGCUCGUAAGAUCUGGUGCUUCGGCCCUGACGGCACCGGCCCCAACAUCCUCAUCGACUGCACCAAGGGUGUGCAGUACUUGAACGAAAUCAAGGACUCUGUCGUCGCCGGCUUCCAGUGGGCCACCAAGGAGGGUGUGCUCGCUGAGGAGAACCUGCGUGGCGUGCGUUUCAACAUUUAUGACGUUACUCUGCACGCUGACGCCAUCCAUCGCGGUGGUGGCCAGAUCAUUCCCACAACUCGUCGUUGCCUGUACGCAUGUCUGUUGACUGCGUCGCCUCGUCUCAUGGAGCCUGUGUACCUGUGCGAAGUUCAGUGCCCUGAAGUAGCCGUCGGAGGUAUUUACGGUGUGCUUAACAGACGUCGUGGUAUCGUCUUCGAGGAGGCGCAAAUUGCCGGCACACCCAUGUUCGUCGUCAAGGCGUACCUUCCGGUCAACGAGUCGUUCGGCUUCACAGCUGACCUGCGCAGCAAUACUGGCGGACAGGCCUUCCCUCAGAGCGUGUUUGACCACUGGCAAAUCAUGCCUGGUGACCCGACCGAGGCUGGCUCCAGGACGUACCAGAUUGUACAGGAUACUCGCAAGAGGAAGGGCUUGAAGGAAGGCCUUCCUGACCUCACACAAUACCUGGACAAGCUGUAAACACAACUCUUUUUUUAAUUAGGCCAUUAAAAAAUAUUUAAAACUAUGAUCAUUAAUUAUUAUUUUUCCAAUGUUUCUUUUUCCAUUCAAAGAGCUGAUAAAUGUGAAGGGUUUCUUUUUAUUAUCACUACAUUAUUUGUUGGACCCGAGAAUUCUGAAACACAUGACAAAAAAAUCUGCAACUCGUUGCUAAACAACUGGUACGUCGAAAGACGAGCGUGCAACUUAAUUUUCUACUGUUGAUUCUGUUCUGAAGGAGGACUGCGCUGCUGCAAUUGUCAUUUUGUAUAAAUGACAUUGAAUAAUAAAACAACAAAAAUAA